AUGACGGUGAUUGCUUUACCUGGCUAUUCUGGGCGGCGAAUCAAUGCGGAAGGCGCAUGCCUCAAACCACGAGUGGAUGGCUUGGUGAAAUUGCAGUUCACGGAUUGCAAAGGAAGGUUGUGUGUUGCAACGAAACGAGUGAACGCUACAUUGUCAAAGCAAGGAAAGUUGCAGUGCAAAUCAGACGAAUUUAACAUACAAAUGACGUUGAAAGAUGGACAAGUCCACAGUCUUUCAUCGAAAGUUGCUGACUUCCAAAAAGAGGCUGGUUGA